AUGAAGUCUAACCUGAACAACAAGGUUCAGUCAGAGAUGAAUCAGAAGCACAAAGCCAAGAGAAAGUCACAAGCUGAACUCAAGAGCAAGGAUGAGGAGAUUGAGGAGCUCAAGACUCAGAUAUUCGAGCAGUUGCAGAAGACAGAGGCUGAACUCAAGAGCAAGGAUGAGGAGAUUGAGGAGCUCAAGACUGAGCUGGAGAGACUUCAGUGGCUGAGAAAUGACACGCUUAAAGGGAUGGAUGAGUCACAAAGGAAGUUCACCAAGCUUACCCUUGCUAUCAAGAGGAUGGAGAAAUUGGAGGAAAAUGUAGGUUUACACAGGGUCCAAUCACCUUGUUCUAAAUAUGAAUCGUUGGAGAAAGACCUGCAGAAAGUGAAGACAGAGCUUGAGGCCAGCCAAUCAAUGGUCAAAGAUCUAGAGGCUGAAGUCCUUGAGCUUCGUGUUGAAAAAAAUAAGUGGUUGGGAGAUAAGGAGGAGCUACAGACCACACAGAGGAAACUUGAGGCAAAGAAUAAAGAGCUGAAUGUUGAAGUAUCAAAACUACAACAUCUGCUUAAUAAAGAAAAGCAGAUGAGGAGCGAUACUGAGAUGGACGUGGAAUCCCUGAAAACAAAGCUGGAGACCAACGGUGAAGAGUUAAAAGAAAAAGAAGCUGCAGCCCUGAAGCUCAGUGAUGAACACCAGACUGAGGAAGGAGAUGAGAAGAACCUGCAGACACUGGAGAAUAAUUCACCAAACCAUGUUGUGGAUGAGGAAGUAGCUGUGGGACAGCAGCAGCUGCAGGGUGAGGAGCAGCACAGGGGGCAUGAUGAGUUGGAUAAAACUGAGGUGAUGACACCUGACACGCUUAAAGAGAAGCAGGAGGCCUCUUCACAACUGAACCUCGGCCUUGCUGUCACCACGAGGAACAAAAAGUCACAAGCUGAACUCAAGAGCAAGGAUGAGGAGAUUGAGGAGCUCAAGACUCAGAUAUUCGAGCAGUUGCAGAAGACAGAGGCUGAACUCAAGAGCAAGGAUGAGGAGAUUGAGGAGCUCAAGACUGAGCUGGAGAGACUUCAGUGGCUGAGAAAUGACACGCUUAAAGGGAUGGAUGAGUCACAAAGGAAGUUCACAAAGCUUACCCUUGCUAUCAAAAGGAUGGAGAAAUUGGAGGAAAAUGUAGGUUUACACAGGGUCCAAUCACCUUGUUCUAAAUAUGAAUCGUUGGAGAAAGACCUGCAGACCCUGAAGACAGAGCUCGAGGACAGCCAAUCAAAGGUCAAAGAGCUAGAGGAUGAAGUCCUCAAGGUUCGUGUUGAAAAAAAUAAGUGUUUGGGAGAUAAGGAGGAGCUACAGACCAGACAGAGGAAACUUGAGGCAAUUAAUGAAGAGCUGAAUGAGGAAGUAUCAAAACUACAACGUCUACUUAAUAAAGAGAAGCAGAAGAGGAGGGAUAUUGAGAUGGACGUGGAAUCCCUGAAAACAAAGCUGGAGACCAACAAUAAAGAGUUGAAUGAGGAAGUAGCUAAAUUACAGCAGAGGCUUGGGAAAGAGAAGCAGAGGAGGCAGGAUGCUGAGAUGGCCCUGAAGUCCUGA